GACGUAGUUUAGCUAGAAGUUGCUGCUGAGGCAACAAAGUUGACUGCUGCAUGUCAGUGUUGUUCAGAUAUCAACAGUGUUUUUAGACAUAGGAUUAAUUUUAAACUCACCAUGUCUUGGGUCAAAGCUGUGUCGGGUAGCGUAGAUGUGUUUGACGAGGAUGGGGACGAACUCAGUCUGCAAAGUAGAGAGUGGACCUCCAACAUGAAGAAGCGAAUCAGGGACGGGUAUGUGGACGGAGUUGAUGCCGGGGAGGAGGCCUCGCUGCAGGCCGGGUUUAACCUGGGGUUCAGGGAAGGAGCGGCUCAGACUGUAGCUGUGGGCCGACUCAAAGGGAUUGUAAGUGCUAUAUUGUGCUGGUGCCAGAUCCAACAUCCAGGAAGCCCCCUCCCAGCCUCGCUGACUGACCUCCUGCAGCGGGUUUCACAGCAUGAGGACACAAUCAAAGAGGGCAUCAGGAGGGCUUUGGAGAAUCCUCCUCCCAGUGUGAGCAGCGUGUCUGAGAGCAUGGAGGAGCUGCAGGUGGAGCAGGCAGGUUCAGACUGCUGUGGAGGAGAGGGGUGUAAAGAAACAGACUGCUGCAGGAAAGGAGAAAAUAUGGACGUGGACAUUCCUCACCAGCAACAAAAGCUCCGCUCUGGUUCCACUGACUGCUCCUCCAACUCAAACAUGAACGACCUUGUGCAGCACUGCAUGGAUCUAGUGUCAGAGCUCAGACUGCCGCAGGAGCUGAUGAGUCAUAUACAGGAGCUGAAGAAUUUGUAGUGACUGAAAAUUAGCAUCGCAGUGGUGCUGGACAAUACCUGGACAGGCACAUGAACUAUGGUUUAAAACAGGUUUUACUGUAAAUUCCUUACAGGGAAAUGAAGUGCUUUUGAUGUAAAUAAUGUAAAAUAUAAUUUUGCAGUUAUGAUUUGUAUAAAAUGGUUCAAGAGUGUUUGAAAAUAAAAAUGGAUUUGCUAUUUUCACUGCAUUUCUGUUCUCACACCCAUUUUGUUUCCCCAUGAAAAGAGAGAAGAAUAUUUUUGUCACCCCUUAUUUUUUAUUGGCCUUUUUUUUGCAAUAGAAAUUCCCAUUAAUUUGUUUUAACAUAUAUAUAUAUAUAUAUAUAUUGCCCCUUUGCAAAACAUACAUCCUUCUUUAAAGGCAUAUGAAAGUAUUGCAAGUGCCAGAGAAAACCACAAGGUAGAUUUGCAUUGGAGCUGAGCAACCAUGCUGCACCAAAACAAUUACCACCAACUAUGUUGAGUAGCAGUAAUAAUAAAAUAUCUAAAUUAAUUAUUUUCCUAUGAUCAGAUUUGCAAAGUUUAACAUGAAAACUCAUUGAGAGGGUUAAGCCUCAGAUACCUUAUGAAGUCACAAUUUAUACUAGUGACAAUUCAAAUAUGAGAAACCUGAGGUUACUGCCAAAUUUUACAAAACCUACCACAACACAGAGCAUGAAUAACUAAUUUAUUAACAUGAUACGUGGAUUUCUGAACAGUUUAGCAAAAAACAUUUAAACUAAAAUCCUAAUUUUUCAGACAGCUUAAGUUAGUUUAUUUGUUCACUUGUUUCUUUUCCCACAACUGGAGAAUAUGGCCAACUUUAUUCCCUCACUAAUAAUUCCUCAGAUAUUAAAUGAGUCUUAUAUUGUUUGUUUGAUUUAAUGUUUUCUAUUAUUGCAUUUCAACUGUUUGUUAUUGCACUAUAUGUGUGUACCUCGUCUUGUAUCUUGUUCUGUUUUUGCUCUUAUGUUUAUUUUAUUUUGCACCAGGGACCAGGGAAACACAUUUUUGUUCCACUACCUGCAAUGGAUGAAAAUAAAG